GAGGCCGGCCACUUUGCGAGUCGGGAUAGUUUGUUUUGCUGUACUAUUGGAGAGUGCAUUAUUGUGUUGUUAGAUCACGUUAUAUACUGUAGUUAUAAACUGUUGAAUAGGAAGGGGAAUUCGUAGGAGUGAGAAAUCAGGUUUAAAUUUAAGUGCAGUCCAUCUGAUCCUGUUAUGGAGAUAUCUCCGUUUUGACACAGAUUAAUCUCGUAAUGCGUAACGAACUUUUAACAAGUUUUUGCGGUUUGUUAGCGUAGGUUUCUACUUCUCGAAGCUGAGACUAAGUCACGAUAUUACCCAGCAGUUUGUUUCGGCGCUUCAUUCGGUAACAUGGACGAGGUGGUGCUUCAGAAGAUAGAUCAGGAACUCGGCGCGGAAGACAUCGCCGCACUCCGAUUCCUAUGCAGGGAUCACGUACCCUUAAGGAAACUCGAGAGUGUGAAGGAUGGACUCGACCUAUUCCAGAUACUAGAAGAGGAAACAAUGCUGGGGGACAACGGUCUCUUUCUAAAAGAACUGCUGGAUACAAUCGGACGCAAUGAUCUGGCUCAAGAACUGGAGAAGAGCUGCAGCCAAGCGCCUCAGCGCACGAAUCAGACGAAAGUUUUUAAGAUCUCUCCUUAUCGGAAGAUGCUUCAUGAACUGUCUGAAAAUGUGACCGAAGACGAUCUCAAAAAAGUGAAGUUCCUGCUGGAUAUGCCUCGCGCCCAGAAGCAGCGCUGUAAGACCUUCCUGGAGCUACUGAUGCAAAUGGAGAAACUGGGCCUCUUGGCUGCGGAUAAUCUGAAAGAGCUAAUGAGAGUUUGCUCAAAAUGCAGCAAGCAGUUCUCUAAAAUACUGGAAGAUUAUAUUGCAGGACAGGACGUGCCUCUGGAGGUAGGGCUACAAAACUCCAAUAAUGCAAAUGAAGUUUAUGAUAUGAGUCAUCGACCACGUGGAUACUGUCUCAUCAUAAACAACUACGACUUUGAAGAGGCCAGGAAGAACAAGGUUAUUCUGAACAAUCGUCGAGGGACAGAGCGUGAUGAAGACAGCCUGAGUGAGAUCUUCAACAAACUGCACUUUAAAGUCGAAGUACGAAGAGACCAGACCCAGGCUGCAAUUCUGGAGCUAGUGAAGGACACUGGGCUGCUGAACCACAGAGAGAUGGACGCCUUCGUGUGCUGCGUGCUAUCCCACGGCGAUCUGGGCGCAGUGUACGGCACGGACGGCCAGCUGGUGUCCAUCCGCAGUAUCACGCGGCCCUUCACUAGCAGCCAGUGUCCAUCACUGGCCAUGAAACCCAAGCUAUUCUUCAUUCAGGCGUGCCAGGGCAAGAAGCAGCAGCAGGCCGUCAGUAUCCAGUCCGACGGUAUGGAGGACCACUGCGAAGCGGACGAAGGCUGCAUCCUCCCAGACGCCAUUCCUGACACCAUCCCCGAUGAGUCAGACCUCCUCCUGAGCAUGGCCACGGUGGGAGACUGCAAGUCCUUCCGCAGUAUUUCCAGAGGCUCUAUCUUCAUUCAGGAGCUUUGCCGUCAGCUUUGGAAAGGCUGUGACAGGAAUGAAGACAUCCUGACUAUCCUGACCCGGGUGAAUCGUGCUGUGAGCAAGGGAGACUAUGAACAUGGGAAACAGAUGCCGGAGCCCAGGUACACACUGACGAAGAAGCUGAUCCUUCCAUUUAGCUGAGCGACUGCUUGUCUUCUUUGGCUUCACCAGCACCGUCUCCCUCAUCAUUCUCUCUGGAGACCCUCGUUUAGAGUUCUAAGCCAAAGAAUGUUUGGGUCGUAUAAAUCAGAAUUCGGGUUGGGUGACUUCAGCAAUCAAACAUUGAUCACUUGAGUCAAACAACGCUUGGGAAUGCUAAAUAAAGUGUCAGGAGAAAGAAUGAUGUGAAAUCCAUGGUGGGUGGGGCUUGCUGUACCCUGUAUAUCACUUCCUGAUGUAACCCAAAAGCAGUGGUGGAAAUUUCAGGUCCAGAAAGUAAAAAUCCAGACCAGGAUUUUGUUUCAACCAACCACUUGAGUACUAUUUGACUGUGACUCUUCAUGCUCAACUGGUUGGUUGAAACAAAAUCCUGAUCUGAAAUUUCCACCUCUGCCUAAAAGGAACCAGUAAAAUUAUCAGUGGAAAGAGGGUUAAUUCAGGUGCUGAUUGGCUGCACACAAUAUUCCCUUGCAUUAUGGGGAUUUGAAGCUUCAUGUCUCCAUGACGACCAUUGCCCCAAACAAUAAUGUCUGUAUCGUGCAUGGGCAAGCCUGCUUCUACAAAGUAAACAACCUUAAAACAAUGUGCUUAUUCUGGUUAGACAUGAUUAGACAAGCUUCAGCUUGACUUGGCUUCUGGGUGAAAAAAUGUACUUUUCAAAUCUGCUGCUGUAUAAAUUCAUAUGUAUGUGCCAUUUUUACAUAAUACUUGGUCAGUAGAUUAAUUUCAUUUAUAACUUUAUAAAUAAGUCAUACAUUAACAUUAAUAAAAAUACUAGCACUGAGAUUUUCCCUGAUUUAAGAGAACGUGUAAUGGAAUUGGUAAAGUUUAUACAAAGACUUCAAAUGCCUAAGAGCCUCACUCAGGACGACGUCUUCAAUGAGCAAAUGUUUAUUUACUAAAAAUCAAACUUUACAUAAGUUUGCUUGUUAUUACUGGCAAAAGACGACAAUAAAAAAAGCCCUGAACCUGAACCAUGCUAACUUCAUGAAAAGCACUUUAUAAACCAACUAAGUAUUUUGAAUCAUGACAAAAAGCAAUAAAGGUGGCAGAAACGUA